CGGGACGCAGCGUCAGGUCCUCUGGACAAAAAAACCCACUUUUCUCACUUGAAUGCCCCUUCCCUGCGUGUGCAUCAAUCUCGCGGCCUCCCUGCGCGCCGCGCCGGCAUCCACUUCCCGCCCGGUCAAUGGCGCCUCCCAGGUCCGCGCCGGGACGAUGACCGUGCGCGCAUUCAGGCUCGACGAGCUCGGCGGAUCCAGGAGCAGGCGCGCGGCGACUUCGAAGCGCGCGGCGAAGCUCAAUCGCGACCUCAUCGAAUCUCCCAGCCGCCGCGUUGGACGCACGUCCAAGGAUCGCGUCCAGGGUGCCGGCGUCGGCGAUCGCGUCAUCGAGACGAGCGCCGUUCGCGACGCCAAGUCGCCGCUCCUGGGCAUCCUCGACGAUCUCGGAGAUCGCGUCUCCAGGCCGGCGCCUCCGAACAAAUCCAAACCGGACGGCGUCGCCUCGCAUCAUUCGAAGAAAAAGAACGGCUCAUCAUUCAACUCGGCCGACAAAACGGCUCCCCCCGUGGACACCCGCUCGGUCCUCAGGGACGGGGACAUCCUCGAGGCCAUCGGCACGCGGGGCCGGGCGCCGUCGUGCCCGGUUGCAUCAACGCCGCCUCAAACGUCGGAGAAGUUGACGCUGGACCUGUUGGCUGUGCCCGACGGACGCGCCAACGGCGCCAGGAAGACGCCUCCGCGACGGUCCCCGGGCCGGGGUAAGCAGGCCAGGGACGCGCUCGACCUCCUCAGCGGACCCGGCAGGCGCACCGGGCGCGACUGACGGUCGAGGCGCCUCGCGAGCGCGGGGGCGCGGAUUGGGGAAAAUGGGAGAAAAAAAGCUCACGAAUAAGGCGACGCGUCGUCGUCGCCACCCCCCCCCGGCGAGAAGCCGGUUCGAGCCUCCCACCCCUCGUCCGUCCCCGGCGCCAUCUGUUGUACCACACGCACUGAUGUUUCCUGUACGAGUAAAGGUGAACGCCGUCCAACGCGGCUUUGGUUUUUAUCUGGUUUAGUUCUCCGAGAGUUUAUUUAGGCGGCGAGGGAAGAGCGUCGCGGAAAGUCGCCCCGCCCUGAGAGGCGAGCGAGGCGCGCGGGUCGAACGUAACGUUGGAUCGUCCAACCUCCCCAACGAUGUUGGAAUAACAAACUGAGACGACGUCCCGCUAUC